AUGUCGUCCAGCACGUCUACCAAAUUCUGGCUAGGAGUGGCCAAGGUCCUUCGCAUCAAGGUCCACGAGCGCGAUCCGUAUUAUAACUCCGAGUCGAUGACUCGAGGAGAGUCUACCUAUUCAGUCGAUACAGCCGAUACUUAUGUUGAAGGAGAGCCGACAACCCUAGAAUGGUUCAAAGAGACCCUUCCAAGCGGCUCAAAUCUCCUUCGAUAUGCUCAUAACCUCUUCCCCUUCACCCAUUGGAUCACCCGCUACAAUCUACAAUGGCUGAUUGGCGACCUUGUGGCAGGCAUCACUGUGGGCUUCGUGGUGGUGCCCCAGGGGAUGGCCUAUGCCAGGCUCGCCGCACUUCCCGUCCAAUUCGGUCUGUACUCGUCGUUCAUGGGAGUCCUCAUCUACUGGUUCUUCGCUACUUCCAAGGAUAUCACCAUUGGGCCUGUGGCCGUAAUGUCCACUCUGGUGGGCAAGAUUGUGCUCCGAGCUGAAGAGACAAACCCCGAUAUACCGGGGCAUGUCGUCGCUUCCGCUCUAUCUGUCGUCGCUGGAGCUAUUAUUGUCUUCAUUGGACUUGCCCGUUGCGGCUGGAUCGUCGAGUUCAUUUCUUUGACUGCAAUAUCUGCCUUCAUGACAGGUUCUGCUAUCAACAUUGCCGUUGGCCAAGUGCCCAAUUUGAUGGGCAUCAGGGGCUUCGAUACAAGAGCUUCCACCUACAGAGUUGUCAUCAACACCCUCAAGCAUCUUCCGGACACCAAACUCGAUGCCGCGCUCGGACUCACAGCAUUGUUCCUACUCUAUGCUUAUCGUUUUACUUGCACUUCCCUCGCACAACGUAAGCCUGACCGGGCAAAGACGUUUUUCUUCAUCUCGACGCUUCGGACUGCGUUCGUUAUAUUGCUUUACACCCUGAUCAGCUGGCUAGCGAAUCGCCACCACAGGGACAACCCCCGAUUCGGGAUUGUUCUGACGGUUCCUCGUGGGUUCCAGAAUGCCGCCGUGCCCACCCUCAAUACAGACAUCGUCAGACUCUUUAUCAGCGAGCUUCCAGCUUCCGUCAUCGUUCUUCUCAUCGAACAUAUCGCCAUAUCCAAGUCGUUCGGGCGCAUCAACAAUUACACCAUCGAUCCUUCUCAAGAACUGGUUGCGAUUGGUGUUACCAACCUGCUCGGUCCUUUCCUCGGAGCCUAUCCGGCGACUGGCUCAUUCUCACGCACCGCCAUCAAAUCCAAGGCUGGCGUGCGGACACCUUUCGCUGGGGUCAUCACCGCUCUGCUCGUGCUGCUUGCAAUCUACGCUUUACCGGCCGUGUUCUUCUACAUUCCCAACGCUGCACUGUCAGCUGUCAUUAUUCACGCGGUUGGUGAUCUCAUCACUCCGCCAAACACUGUUUACCAGUUCUGGCGCGUCUCUCCCUUUGAAGUCGUCAUCUUCUUUGCUGGUGUCUUUGUCACUAUCUUCACCAACAUUGAAAAUGGCGUCUAUGUCACCAUCUGUCUCAGUGUCGCCGUCCUUCUCUUCCGUGUCGUCAAGGCGAAUGGGAGAUUUCUUGGCAAAGUCCAGAUCCACUCGGUGGUCGGUGACCAUGUCUCUGACGCGGGAAGAUCUCCCACCCAAGGACAAGAACACGGCACCCUUCAGAAAACCGGGGCGGGGAGUCUGGAUGCUGACACCGGCUUCCGCAACAUCUUCCUUCCCAUCAAUCACAAUGAUGGCUCGAAUCCUCACAUCGACAUCGUUUCUCCAUAUCCCGGCAUCUUCAUCUAUCGCUUCAGCGAAGGCUUCAAUUACCCUAAUGCCAACCACUAUCUUGAUCACAUGGUCAGCACCAUCUUCGAACAAACCCGUCGGACCAACCCCGACAGCUACCCGCGCCUCGGGGACCGGCCCUGGAACAACCCAGGCCCUCGACGUGGGCGCCACGACCCGGACCGCAGCCACCUCCCCACAUUGAAGGCCAUCAUCCUCGACUUCUCUUCUGUCAACAACGUUGAUGUCACCUCGAUUCAGAAUCUUAUCGACGUCCGCAAUCAACUUGAUCGCUAUGCCGCCCCUGAUGCCGUACAGUGGCACGUCGCAUGUAUCAAUAACCGCUGGACCAAGCGUGCCCUUGCCUCCGCCGGCUUCGGUUACCCCACCCUUCCAGCCGAACAGUACCACCGCUGGAAACCCAUCUUCAGCGUCGCUGAGAUUGGGGGUUCCUCAUCCGCCGCCGCUGCCGCCGAACAUCAGGAGAAUCGCAACGUUUACCGACGACAGAGUAGCCUGGAUGUUGAGAAAAGCGGCAGGACCACUUCCGCCAAUGGCCACCCGACCGAUCAGAUCCAUCGGAGUGGCGAGACGAGUAGUAGUAGCAGUGAUGAUGAUAAGGGACUGGAUCUACAAAGGGAGCUGUCCAAGAGCAAAGCCUACACCCAGGUGGAAGUGAAGAAGUUGGCGGUUGUGCACGGAUUGAACCGACCACUGUUCCAUAUCGAUUUGACCAGCGCGUUACAGAGCGCCAUUGCCAACGUUGAGGGUUCGCUUACCGGGGUUGUGAGGAAGGGUGUCGGCACGGACUAG